GCCAGCGACAUAUUUAAUCUGACGUUUGACUUUGAUUUUCUCCGAAAUUUAUUACCGGUCGAGUAAUUUUUCGUUAAAGACAGACAAGUUUAUUCAUUAUAAUACUUGUAUGUUCCCAUAAAUAUGGAAAACGAUAUAUUGGACUCGUUAAACGAUUUAGGGUAUGAAGGGCCUCUCACAGAUGAGGCGUCCUUCGCCAAAGCCCUGGACGGUGGCCCCAAGUCACUGGACUUCACGAAAUUGGUUCACAUACUAGCUGAAGAAAUUAAGAACCUCUGCAAUUUGGAGGAGACGGUCAACAUGAUGAAUGAUCCUGAUGAAUCCAGCUCGUUCCUACUCGAGCUUAGUUCCUUUUUGAAGGAACUCAAAUGUCCAUAUAAGAAAUUAGUUACAGGUCACAUGUCUUCCCGCCUGCAAACGAAGGAGGAUCGGCUGCUACUACUAGAUUACUUAAUAUCGGAGCUGAUGGCUGCUAGGAUGGUCAAUGUGGACGGGCCCAAAGAUAAGCAGGCAGCUGGCAUGGAAAUCGUAGUUCAAGAAUCGCCAACAGCGAGGGACCUAAAGAACAUCUUGAUUGCAUUGAAAUUCAACAAACCGCCUCCUAACAUCACGGCAGAGAUGUUGUUCGCGAAACUCGAAGCUAAACUCAAGGAUACCAUACAGAAAGAAGGCGACCAGUUGGUGGGCAAACCUCUGUACAACAAGGCUCUCUCGGAGAAGGAAUGGAAGCAACUAGAGACUGCCUUCAACGAGAUGUUCGAGGAGUAUCGGCUGAGGAGGGAAACGCUCAUCACUCGUUUGGAGUGCACUAUACAGAGUUUUGAGUGGUCAGACCGUCUCAAAACGAAGAGAGACGUAAUCCAGUCAACGUACCGUCCCAAACGAGAGUCUUUGAAAGUCAAACCAGACGUCAAACUGGCUGACUUCCUAGCGGCUAGGACUUCGUUGUUACAAGUAGAGAAAACAUCGAAUGCAUCCGUACGGAAGAAUACUCAAACUGAUGUGAACAAAGUUAUUAUUGGGCAGGUACCAGACAGAGGCGGUAGGCCCAAUGAACAACAGCCCCCACCACCAGAGAUGCCUUCCUGGACGCAGAGAAAUGCUGGCGGCGGCGGCGGCGGCGGUGGCAGAGGUGGCAGGGGCGGUGGCAACUUCAACAACUCUAAUCCCAGCUUCAACAACUCCAAUUCCAACUUCAACAACUCCGGCCCCAGUGGAGGGGGAGGGGGACAAGCAGGACGCGGGGGACGAGGGGGACGCGGGGGACGCGUGCAGGGGGGAUAUAGUCAGGGGGGCGGAGACCAUGGCAGGCCCCAACAGAAUAGAAACUACCAGACAUACGAGGUUCCCCCGGGUGGUUACAACCAGAACCAGUACAGCCAGGCACACACGUAUGAACCAGACCAGAACUACAACCAACAUAACCAAGGCUACAGCGGUUACAACCAAGCUGGUUACGACAGUAUGGGCAGCUAUAACCAGGGGUAUCAAGGUGGCGGUGGCGGCGGUGGUUACAAGAAGCCGUACCAAAACAACCAGCAAGGAUACCAACAUAACCAAGGAUACCAGGGCAACCAGGGUUUCCAGGGCAACCAGGGCUACCACCAGGGUAGAGGGGGGUAUCAGAACGAGCAUGACGAUAGAGACAGACGGGGCCGGGGCGGCUACAGGGGCGGCAGGCGUUGAUCUUCGUAGGUAACGUGUUGCGAAUAUAAGUUUUUAAACUGACAUGGUCACUAACACUAUUAUUAGAACUUAUUACGGGAU